AUGGCAGCCAAACGCAGAACUGCAGAGUCGAGGGAUGCACCUUCGAGCAAGAAGACUCGCACUGCAACCGGGAGCAACGACUCCAACGCUUCCGACACUGAAGCCGACCCUAGCGUGGAAUUUGAUGCUUCCACAGACCGAAAGGUUAACUUCACAGAUAAUGGCAAGAAGCGAGCGGACAGUGAGGCGAAGAGAUCAUGGAACUACGUCUGCGACUUCGAAGGCUGCGGCCAACGCUUCAACCGGCCUUGCCGUCUCGAAUCCCACAUGCGCACCCACACCAAGGAACGCCCGUUCGCCUGCCCAUACGAAGAUUGCGACCGAGACUUCCCUCGUAAGGACCAUCUACAGAGACACUUGACGCACUUCCACGCCGUGCCCGUACGAAACCAUGUAUGUCAUUGGGAAGGUUGCGGCAAGACUUUCACUUCGAACGGUCGGCUGCAGCGACAUAAGGAGGUGCACGACUCCAAAUUCUAUUGUACAGGCUAUCCGCCCUGCAAGGAAGCUUUCCGGAAGCAGAAGACCCUUGACGCCCAUGUCAAGACAGUACAUCUAGAGACGAAGGCAUACCCGUGCACCUUCGUUGACCCCUCGGGGACUCUUUGCACGCAUGGAUACCAGACCGAGAACGGGCUACGGCGGCACAUAACUAGCGCUCACAGCGAAAAGGAGGAGCCUCGCCACUUCUGCAUGGUCUGCCCUGCGCCUGGCACUGAUUGUGAUAUGAUUGAGUCCGCUAACGGUGAGACGGUACCUAUACCAAAGGAGCCGUUGUCCUUCUCUACUGCCGCUGAAUUGCAAGCACACGAUGCAAAAGUUCAUCCACCUACCUGCUCUAUCUGUGGUCAGGUAUUCAAGAACCAGUCAACCCUGAACAGUCACUUCAGAGCAGUGCACACAAGCUUAGAAGACCAAGAGCUAUUCCAGUGCCCACACCAGGAUUGCGGCAAAAUGUUUAACAGGAGAGGCAAUUUGAACGCCCAUGUCUCGCAGGUCCACGAGAUGCAAUAUCGCUUCUCGUGCACUGCAGAGGCUAUGCAGCAGUCGAAGCAUCCUGAUCUGAGUGGCUGGAGUGGACAGAAUGCAUGCGGCAAGUUCGUUAAGACGAAGGCGGCCUUAGAGCAGCAUAUCCGGACGCAUCAUCUCGGCCUUCCCAAUCGUAAAGCUACUCGAAAGGCUGCGAAGGCUCGUAAACGAUUCAUCCCAGAACCCUCUGCGCUUGCUCUGCUCACCGGUGUUGGUUACGAUGACGGCCGGCCCAUUGCCUGCUUGGUCGAUGGUUGCCUUAGUCGGUUCGCAAGGGACCGCGACCUGAAGCGACAUGUGAUGGCUGAGCACAACUACACCGAUGAUGACUGUGAUGCUGCCAUUCUGGAACGUGGAGCCGCGCGUGGCGAGCAGUUCUGGAUUGGUGGUCUCGACGACUUCGACCCCAUGUCCAUGAGCGGCUCUACAGAGCCUAGUCUACCGCAGACGCCGAUGCCAUACUUUGGCGACCAUCAGGCUAUGGAGAUGGACGUGCAAGGUGCCUUUGGCAAUCUGAAUGAGGCGCCAUUGGACCCGAUGCUUAUGGACGCAAAUAUGGACGACUUCGGAAAUUUAGAUGUGGAUGUGACUGCCCUCGCAAAUGAGGGUGAUUCUCAUAAGGGUUUCCAAUAUUUCUUGGAUUCGGUCCAGCAAUUCAACGAUCAAAUGCAGGGCUGA